AUGGCAUCCGGCAACCAAGGGUACGGCAAUGGCGGCGUGGCUCCUGGCGGAAAAGCCAAUCAAUCAAUAUCCAACAGCGGCGUCGGUUUAGGAGGCGGCGGCGGCGGCGGCGGCGGCGGUGGUGGUAAUGGGAUUGGCAGAAGUCCGUCCGGUACUUAUUUCUCCACUACUGCUCUCUCGAACCGCUCUCAGGGCAACGGCAGCCCUCGCAACUCUAGCGAGAACGAGAAGCUGUACGAGGCUUAUAACGAGUUGCACCGCUUAGCGCAGCACUUCCAGAAGCCGUUCGAUGCGCCAGCUGUGCUGAUCGUGGGGCAUCAGACGGACGGUAAGAGCGCGCUGGUCGAAGCACUGAUGGGAUUCCAGUUUAACCACGUGGGUGGGGGGACGAAGACGCGCCGUCCGAUCACGCUUCAGAUGAAGUAUAAUCCGGAGUGCGUGGAGCCGCGGUGCUACUUAGUGCUGGAUAAGGAUCAUACGAGCGAACAGGAGAAGACUUUGCAGCAACUACAGGCUUAUAUCGAGUCCGAGAACCAACGGCUGGAGAAAGACAUGGGGCGGUUCUCGGACCGAGAGGUGGUGGUGCGCGUGGAGUACAAGUACUGCCCCAACCUCACCAUCAUUGAUACCCCUGGACUCAUCUCCGCAGCUCCCUCGGUCGCACACACGGCCUUACAGGAACAAGCCCGUAUUGUCGAGGCGUUGGUCUUAGCAAAGAUGAAGCAGCAGGAGUUUGUGAUACUUUGUCUCGAGGACAGCAGCGACUGGAGCAACGCCACUACCCGUAGGAUCGUCAUGAAGGUCGACCCGGACCUCUCCCGAACCAUCCUCGUGUCCACCAAGCUCGACACGCGCAUCCCGCAGUUCUCCCGGGCAGCUGACGUGGAAAUGUUCCUCAACCCGCCGCUGCCCGACAUUUCUGCGUCCCGGCUCGCCACGCGGCCGUUCUUCACGUCGGUGCCGUCGGGGCGAGUGGGGUCCGGGUCGGAUGCUGUGUUCAUGACGGAUGAUGAUUUCAGAGAUGCUGUUGCUCGGAGAGAGAUGAGCGACAUUGCAGCGCUAGAGGACAAAAUGGGCCGGCCGCUCUCUGACGACGAGCGAGCAAGGGUGGGGGUCAGCCGGCUCCGACUUUUCUUGGAGCAGAUGCUACAGCAGCGGUACCUCGAGAGUGUACCCUAUAUAGUGCCGCUGCUCGAUAAAGAAUACAAGUCAGUUUCGACCAAGCUCUCUGCCACCUCUGCGGAGCUACAGAACCUUAGCGAUGGCGAGUUGCGAGAAAAGAGCCGAAACUUCCGCGACAACUUCGUCCGGAAGCUCACAGUUCUGCUCCGAGGCUCCAUUGCUGCUCCACCCGACAAAUUCGGCGAGACACUGCAGGAGGAGAGGGCACGCGGGGGGAUCUUUGUUGGGUCGGACGGGCAACAGUUCCCCCAGAGGCACAUGCCGAACGCCACCAUGCGUCUCUUUGGAGGGGCGCAGUACCACCGGGCGAUGGCGGAGUUCCGGUUUGUGGUGGGUGCAGUGCGGUGCCCUGCAAUAUCGAGGGAGGAGAUAGUGAAUGCGUGCGGUGUGGAGGACGUGCACGAUGGCACAAAUUACUUCAGCAACUUCGGUUUCACACUUUUCUCUCGUCUGCUCCAACAUACUUCCUGUCCCUCCUUUUCCCUACCCCCUUUCCUCCCCCCCUUCGUCCUCUCUCAGCUUGGGUUCCGUCUAUCGCACAUUGUGGGUCGACUGCUGCCCAUCGUGCUCUUCCUACUCAAGAGGGACAACGAACCCAUGCUGGUGCACGAGACGUUCAUAGAGCGAGUGCAGGAGUCGUACCACAAGUUUGUAGACGCCACUGAGCGCUCCUGCAUUGAAAAGUGCAUGGAGGAUCUCACCAGCACCACCCGUUUCGUCACAUGGUCUCUGCACAACAGGUCCCGCUCUGCCCUGCGUUCCUUCUUCGAUUCAGCCAUGCCCAACCACGAUUCCUCCCUUCUCGCUGCUGUCGGCGCCUUCGAAGCAUCCACUCCAAUGCCGGGCAUUCGGGACCACUUUGUGAUGUCUGCAGAGUUGAAAUUCAACUGCUUCUUUCUGAUGCCGCUGAUGGACCGGUUUCCUGCGAGGUUGAGGGAGGACCUGGAGGCGGUGGCGGGGGGUGGGCUGGACGCAGUGUUUGAUAUCUCGAGGGUGCGUGGGCAGCUGGAGAGGAGCCGGGGGGAGCUGGAUGAAGAGCUCAGGCGGGUGCACGCACUUCAAGCCAAGUUUGCCAGUAUCCACCAUAGCCUUAGCGUGAUGCCAUCCCAUGCCAUGUCGGCACCAACGGGGUCUCUUUUCAACUCCCACUCCGGAAACGUUCACGCCAGGAUGGGAGCCGAGCAGUCGACGGAAGGGACUGACCAGCUAAAAAGGCAGGCUCUACUCGCCUCGGGAGUGGGGCGAGCUGCAGCGCCUGUUUGUGUCACUCGCAGCACAGUCACGCAGCAACGGGCAGCAUGUCAUAGCGAGUGUGUUCCAGGCAUACUAUGGCAUUCACGGCAGUCUGGGAGCUCGCCUUUUUCAGAUAGCCACGCAGGGGAACAAGGAUGGGUUGAUGCGCUUCCAGGAAUUUGCGUCUAUCAAGUCCUCAAAAAAGUUUUGAACACGGAGGAGCCCAAGGACAGUGUGGAGGUGCAGAAGCUGAAGGAAGAUGUGUCCGUAGCCCUCUCCUUAACAGGGGAGGAGGUCGACUUUGUACUGGGGAACAUGCAUGUCUUGACUGUGUUUGACAAGGGUUCACCAGAUGACAUCGACCACAUGUGCUUUCAACUCAUGGACGUUCUCAAGUCAGGAAAGGUCGACAGGCGGGAGGUAGAGGAGGUGAUCCGCAGUGCUCUCGCCACUGUCUUCGGUCCCCAGCACUACCUCACACCUGUCAUCAUCCAAGCUUUCGUCUCCUCUGCCUUUCCAUCUAGUCCUGCCUCUAGUACCCGGGAUCCUCUCAAUCACUCCUCCCUUGGCUCCUCCGCACUCGCUUCCUCCGCUCUCCACCCAUCUUGGGGUCAAUCUUCCACUGCUGCUGCGCCUCUUGCUGCUUCUGCACCUUCUGCAGCACCACUAGAUGGAGCAGGAGGAGGACAGGAGCAGCCAGAGAGGAAAGAAGCAGGGAGGCCAGAACAAGGAGAGGAGGGCGUAGGUAGGGAUGGUAGUGCUGGUGCCAGUGUCUCUGCUGCUGAUCACAGACCUGAUGAUGAUGGUGCCAGUGUUGCUGCUGAUGAUGGAAGGGAGCUGUCCUGCCAAGAUGCUGUUCGAUGGUGGACAGAGGUCCCUGCUGUCAAGAAGUUUCUCCGAAGCCUCCUCACCCCGCCGGAUCUCCGUCCCCCGCUACCAACCCUCAUUGCGCCACCGGUCACCGCCAGCGGCCGCCACAUAAGCACAGAAGCAGGAGAGCACCAGCAGGAGGGUAGGGAGGACACGUGGCUGCUGCAGAAGGAGCUGAAGUGGCAUAUAGCAGGCGCACUACAGGACAAAGAGUGCCACGAGUGGUGUUUGUUGUACAGCAGUAAACUGCAUGGGCUGAGUUUCAACUCGUUUCUGGGAAAGGUGUCAUCAGUACCGCAUCCAACCGUUCUCGUGGUCCGUGACUCUGCGGGUGCUGUCUUUGGAGCCUUUGCUUCCAAGCCAUGGGAGCGAGGCAGCGCUUUCUUUGGUGACAUGCGAUCCUUCCUCUUCUCCUUCCUCCCCACUGCUGCUGUUUUCAAAGCAGCCGGAACCAGCACCAACAUCCAGUGGUGCGCAUCAGGGUUUGCAUCUGAAUCCAUUCCCAAUGGCAUAGGCCUGGGCGGCCAACCGGGUCAUUUCGGCCUUUUCCUCUCGUCUGAUUUCGACUCGGGUCACUCUCGCCCCAGCACCACAUUCAACUCCCCUUCACUCUCUUCAUCACCAAAUUUCACGUUUAUGCUCCUUUCCAUGAUCCUUUCCGCCCUUUACUCCCCGUGCGCUCACGGAUUCUUCAAUCGACACCGUGUCGUCAUUCCGCCGGCCCACCAGCAGCACGCGCGCUUCAGAGACCUCAAGAUCGGCCGCUCGAAGCUCCCGCUAAGCCCGUUCGAAUCCCAAGGGGAAACACCAGCCUCCGAAUCCCAUCUGACCACCGUGAAUGGGGGGGAAGUUUUUCCAGCGGACAACGCGGCACUAUUGGAUGCCAAGAAGCGCAUCGAAGCCGAGGCGCGCGCGAAACGCACUUUCGGAAAAUUCCUCCAUCGCAUGUCCAUUCUCGGCGCGGACCCGGAAAAGGAGUACCAUCGGUUCUCGAACCGCACAGAAACCAUGAAGGAGAAUAACUACCAGAUAUACUACUAUGGCGGAGCCGUGCUCACACAGCCGAUUAAUCUCUACGUAAUCUACUAUGGCACGUGGUAUCAGUCGGAAGUUAACAUCGUGGAGACCUUUAUCAAGUCCAUCUCUUCAACCUCAUACACAUCGAGUUAUGCCACGGUCCGUGGAUGGUGGAAGAUGAUCGCAUCGCGCUACUACCAGAUAUCCAACGGCCGAUACUACUACAUCACUCCCAAGGUCAAUUUGGCCGGCACAGCCUACGAUAAGUACGCCAGCUCGAGCAUCAUUGGAGCUAUUGAGAGGCAGAUAAUGACCACCAAGCGAUUUCCCUUGGACCCUAAUGGGAUCUACAUGGUGCUCACGAGUGCCGAUGUUACAGUCACCAUUGGCGGGGAUGGCUUUUGUCAGAAGUACUGUGGACUCCGUUCAGCGUUUACUGGGAUAAAGAACGGAGUCAGCAAGCUGUAUCAGUACAUUCACGUUGGUAACCCUAUCCGCCAGUGUAAAGACUCUUCCUGCGUUCUUGGACAGAGCGAGUACUACUACAAAACACCAAAUGGGAACUGGGGUGUGGACAGCAUGAUUGCAACAAUUGGCCACGAGCUGGCAGAAGCAGCCACUGAGCCUGAUUUGGAAAAAGGUUGGCAUGACAAGACAGGAAUGGAGGUUGGAGACAAGUGCUCAGCUGAUCUGGGUGCCAACGUGUGGGUGGCUAACAAGAAUACGAAAAAUAGCUAUCUGUUCAACACCGCAGGGUUGAAUGGCGUGAGGUUCUUGCAGGAAGCAAUCUGGAAUUACUCACCCAAGAGUUGUGUCGUGCAGUGA